UGGGUCCAAGGAUGAGAAAAAAUUAAAGAUUGCAUUGAGAUUUGAGGUUAAGAGUAUUGAUUUGAGUAUUGAUGUGGAAAAUGAUAUCUGUAUUGUUAGUAUUAAUAUUCUUCACAAUUUUGAUUAG